AUAUAAACUGUUUAUCAUCUGUCUCUGAAGCACAAAAACUGAAAAAGAAAAUUAAUUCUCUUCUCUCAAAACUUCCAUUUCCAAAGAAGAAGCGGUUGGGAACCAUGGCGGAUGCAGUUGUCUCAGUUGUGGUGAACAAGCUUGGAGACUAUCUUGGAGACUAUCUGAAACAAGCAGCAGCUUUCUUACAAGUGAGAAGUGAAGUGGAGUCGCUGAAAAAAGAUCUGGAAUGGAUGCUUGGUUUCGUGAAGGAUGCUGAAGAUAAACAAGUCGACAACUCUUUGAUACGCCUAUGGGUGUCUGAUAUCAAAGAUAUUGCUUAUGAUUCUGAGGAUGUCCUUGAUAAAUUUAUGCUCAAAGUCCGAGAUGGAGAGAUCGCUCCAGAAAUGCUCAAAGUGAAAGAAGAAGCGUCUUCUAAUAAAAGGCAAAAGAUCAUGACUUCCAUGAAAAAGCCAAUUGCUAAAUUGUCUCGCAAGGCCAAGGAGACGGUGACUAUGUACAAGAUAGGCAAGGAGAUUGAAGCUCUGAAAAAUAGACUCAGUGACGUUUCUGAUAGACGUGUAUUUUAUGGCCUUAGAAACAUCAAUAUCAAGACGGACGAAGAGAAUCAUGCUCUUAGAAGAAUGAAGCAGCUGAGAAAAACCACCUCCUUUUCGUUAGAAGAGAAAGUUGUUGGCUACGAGGACGAGACCAACGAACUGCUGGCUAAACUACUUGCCGAUGAGCCAAGGCGUUGGGUGAUCUCUAUUUGGGGCACUGGUGGCUUGGGUAAGACAACUCUUGCUGGAAAACUUUACAAAAACAGUGAAAUAAAAAAAAAAUCCAUUGCUAAAUCUUCUCGCAAGGGCAAGGAGAAGGUGAGUAUGUACAAAAUAGGCAGGGAGAUUGAAGCUCUGAAAAAGAAGCUCAGUGAUGUCUCUCGAAGACGUCAAGAGUAUGGUCUUGAAAAUAUCAAUACCAAGAGGGAAAGAGAGAGCCCUGAUUUUGACAAAUUGAAACAACUGAGAAAAACCAACUGCUUUUCGUUUGAAGGGAAUGUUGUCGGCUACAAGGAUGAGACCGGGAAAUUGUUGGCUAAACUACUUGACAAUGAGCCAAGGCGAUAUGUGAUCUCUAUUUGGGGCACUGGUGGUUUGGGAAAGACAACUCUUGCUCGAAAACUUUACAACAACAGUAAAAUUAAGCAAAUAUUUAGUUAUAGUGCUUGGGUUUCUGUAUCUCAAGAUUACAACACUCAAGAUCUUCUUGGAAGAAUUAUAAAGUCUCUCUAUUCCGGAAAUACACCAGAGAAGUUUGAGAGGAUGAGUCAAGAUGAUAUGGAGAGGUAUCUUCAUAAGUCUUUGCAAGGAUGCAGAUAUUUGGUGGUAAUUGAUGAUGUAUGGCACAAAGAAGCAUGGGCAAGCCUCAAAAGAGCUUUUCCAGACAACAAGAAUGGAAGCAGAGUAAUUAUUACCACUCGCAUCAAAGAUGUUGCUGAAAGUUCAGAUCAAAGAACUCAUAUACAUGAACUUCGAUUUUUAAACCAAGAGGAGAGUUGGCAGCUAUUCUGUGAGAAGGCUUGUUGCAAGUUCAAUAUAGAUGAAGGAUUGGAGAAGUUGGGAAGAGAAAUGGUAGAAAAAUGUGGCGGUCUACCACUUGCCAUUGUUGUGUUAGGCGGUUUACUGUCAAGAAAGAAGCCACAAGCAUGGAAUUUGGUACGCGAUAAUAUUUGGCGGCAUUUAAGAAAUGAUAACAUGGAGAUAACACAGUUAUUGGCUUUAAGCUUCAAUGAUUUACCUUAUCAAUUGAAGUUGUGUUUUCUCUACUUAAGUAAUUUUCCAGAAGACAAGGAAAUCAAAACAGAGAAACUAAUUCGCUUGUGGGUGGCUGAGGGUUACAUACCGCAUGAUGAAGAAAUAAUGGAAGAUAUGGCUCUCAAUUACUUGAACGAGUUGAUUAACAGAAGCCUUAUUCAGAAAGGAAAAAUGCGGUUGGGAAUGGUUACAACAUGUCGAGUCCAUGAUCUUUUGCGGGAUUUAGCAAUUCAAAAGGCAAAAGAACUCAAUCUUGUUCAAAUUUAUGACGAAAUCAGAAACUCAGCUCAUUCUUCAAAGGUAUCAUGUCGACGACUAGCUGUCUAUACUGGGAACUACAGGACCUUGAGGCUUCGACAGUGUAAUCCGCUCUUGCGUUCUCUUUUGAUCUUUGAUCGCGAUAGAUUGCUUCCUACGUUAACGCAAUUCAUACCGACUCUGUGUACAAAAUUCAGGUUCUUAAGAGUGCUCGAGUUUGAACGUGGCUAUCCACGAAGCUGCUCCUUACCCAAAGAUAUAGGUAAGUUGAUUCACUUGAAGUAUUUGGGAAUCCAAGAUUCUGUAAAUAUUCCGGAAUCGAUUCUCAACUUGUCGAAUCUAGAAACUCUGCACUUUAACAAGGGAUGGGCUAGUGAUUGUUACUCUCCACCAACCGAAAUUUGGAAGCUGAAAAGUUUGAGACAUCUAAUUGGAGACCUUGAUUGGCCAUUGCGGAUAGAUAAUAUGACAAACCUUCAGACUUUGAAGGUUGUACGGGAUAACACUUGGACUAAAACAAAUUCUGAAACAUUGGUUAAUCUUCGAGAGCUAGAGCUACUUGUGUGCCAUGAAAGAGAGAAGAAGUUCACUUUCGAUUCUAUUGCCAAACUGAAAAGUAUUCAAAUUUUAACGGUCAAGUUAUCAGAUUUUCAUUUUUUUCCUACAUUGCAACCACUCUCUCAUUGUCGAUAUCUCCGACACUUGAAAUUAGAUGGGAAGAUGGAGAAACUACCAGGAGAAAUGCAUGUACUUUUGCCAAAUGUGGAAAGCCUAUCGUUAACGUGGUCCAAACUCGUAGAUGACCCGAUGCCAAUACUGGAGAAGAUGUUGAACCUCACAGAACUUGAAUUAGGCUUAGGUUGUUACCUUGGAAAGAAGAUGGUGUGCACGGCAAAGGGUUUUCCCCGGCUUGAAUUUUUAAUACUUGAUCAGAUAGAUUUAGAGGAGUGGCAGAUAGAGGAAGGAGCUCUGCCUGUGCUUAGAGGUUUGCGGUUACUAAAGCAUCUGCAUAGCCUUCCAAAAAGAUUGAAAUCACUCCCUCGCCUACCUUAG